AUGGCGAACGAAGACGACGACGGAGAGAAUUCCCGACGGCUCCACCCGCAGAUUGCUAACAAACCCAAAACCCCGAUAGUAAUUGGUGUGCCAUCGUACCAGGAAGUCUUCGAAAGCUCACAGGCAAAGUCUACGCCUCCCUCUCUCUUCAAGCCUUCCCAGAGUUUCUCUCAGGCUUUCGCUUUCGUCAAAUCUUCCGACGUCUACUCUCCUCCUCCUCCUCCAUCCUCCGCCUCCUCGCUGCAUCCGCCGGGCGCUUCUCAGGUGCCCAGUACAAGCCAAACGUUUCAAACCGAUGUGGCAUCAUCUUCUUCUUCUACUCCUGCAGCAGCGACUGGCUCUUUAUCAUCAAACACAACUCAAACUCGUAACGCGAUUCUCGUUAGCAAUAGACAGAAAGGAAACCCGCUUUUAAAACAUAUAAGGAAUGUGAAAUGGGUUUUCUCAGAUAUCAUUCCGGACUACUUGCUUGGCCAAAGCACUUGCGCUUUGUAUUUAAGCCUGCGUUAUCAUCUGCUACAUCCGGAUUAUCUCUACUUCCGCAUUAGGGAACUACAGAAGAAUUUCAAGCUCCGUGUUGUUCUUUGCCAUGUCGACGUUGAAGAUUCGGUGAAGCCGUUGCUUGAAGUUACGAAAACAGCUCUUCUCCAUGAUUGCACCUUAUUGUGUGCCUGGAGCAUGACGGAAUGUGCACGUUAUUUGGAAACGAUAAAGGUAUACGAAAACAAACCGGCGGAUCUCAUCCAAGGCCAAAUGGAUACAGAUUAUCUCUCUCGACUAAAUCAUUCUCUUACAAGCAUUCGGCAUGUGAACAAGAGCGAUGUAGUCACACUUGGUUCUACAUUUGGGUCUCUUGCUCAUAUAAUUGAUGCAUCCAUGGAAGAUUUAGCUCGUUGUCCAGGGAUUGGAGAACGGAAGGUGAAGCGGUUGUACGAUACAUUCCACGAACCUUUCAAGCGUGCAGCUUCAAGCUACCCGUCAGUUAUAGAGCCAACGAUCCCGGAAACUGAGAUUGAAAAGGAUGUGAACUCAGAGGAACCUGUUGCAGAAGACGGGGAUUUUGUGGAAGACUCGAGGAAACGCAAGAAGACAGAGCCCGAGAAAACGGUUAAGACUGCGCUCUCGGCUGUUUUUGCUCGAUACUCGGAUAAACUCAGCAAGAAAAAGGAGAAAGAUACAACAACAACAACAGAGUCAGAUGCUGAAACCCACCAAGACUAA